GAAAUCAGGAAGCGCUAACUUGCUGCGACAUGCACAUCCGGGUCAGGGCGUUGUUUACAUGUGGUUGCUUCUUAACGGUGGUGUUUUUGAAACCCUAAAUUAAGAUCAGGGAGACUUCAAGGAGGAUUGAUGAGUAAUUGAUGAAUUGAUUAGAAGUUUGAAGAGUGAGAAACUGUGAGGAUGUCUGCUGAAGGCCAUGUGGAGCAGAAGGUUCUUCAAUAUGAACACUUUAUCAACGAAGUUCUGAGGAGAGAUUUACAGUAUGACCCUCAAACAGAUUUUUAGAAUAAUAAUAAUUAUAAUUAUAAUUAUUAUUAUUAUAUGAGGAUAAAGGGGGUAACUGUUGAGUUUGUGAUGUUUGUCAGGAAGGUGUUGGAGCAGAGAGACUCUGUUUAUGAGAAGAUCUCUCAGUACCUGCAGCUGAAGAACACCAUCCAGACUCUACAGGUAAACACACACACACACACACACACACACACACACACACACACACCUGAGGCCAGAGGCCUGUUCUACGAAGCUGGAUUUGGUCUUAGCGAGAUAACUUCUGGGUUUUCCGUACUACGAAGGUGGAUCUCUUUUUAUCCGGGUCCGUUGCCCCGGUAACUUACGCGGAACGCCAAACCUGCUCCGGAGCAGGUUAUGUUUCAGGAUAAGAGCUCAGCAGGUAUAAAAGACCGCCCAAUGACCAAUCGGAUCUCUUGGAAAAUGGCUUGCCCACUUUUGCCGGAUCCCGUGGACAUCGUUGCACGGAUAGUGAGAGGAGCGCUCCGCCGAGAGCGUUAUAUUCAUGAUCGUUCAAAUCCGUUUGAUUUACCUGAUGACGUUCUCUAUGAACGUUACAGGUUUUCCUCGGACGGCCUCAACAAAGCAUGAAGUCUAAGCAAUGCACUAAUAUUUGCCAAGCUCCAGGGUCCAAUUUCAUGCAGCAUAUCAGUCAUCAUUCAGAAUUUAUUGAAGCAGAUUGGAAAACUCCUCUUGGCCCAAAAUGUGUCUGCAGAUGACGUGACCAUCAGAUGAUGAAGAAAAAAAAAGGCAGUGAAGAAAUCACUGUUAACGCGUUGAAAUAUGUACAAAUAAAAUCUUCCAAUAAACUUACAAACUACUUAAAAGGAUGUUUUUAGAUUUAUUUUUAUUUGCUUUGCCUCCGUUGCUUCGUAGAAUAGGCCCCUGUCCUCAGUAUCUACCUGGAAAUGUGCUGAAACCUACUCUCUCUCUCUGUGUGUGUGUGUGUGUGUGUGUGUGUGUGUGUGUGUGUGUGUGUGUGUGUGUGUGUGUGUGUGUGUGUGUGUGUGUGUGUGUAGGAGUCUGGCUUGCAGCAGUUGAAGACUGAGGUGGAUCUAGGCUGUAAUUUCUACGUCCAGGCUGAAGUGUAAGUAACUGUUAAAUCCUGGUGAAAAGUCUAUUGACCUGCAGAUACCGUAAUGUCCCUAAUAUAAGGGGACCAUGGUUAUGAAGUCACUUACACUGUAAGAUGACCCUCCCUUGAAAUUAAAUUUAUUUUUAUGGCACUUUACAGACAAAAAUGUAGUUCAAAGUUCCUCACAGAGACUAAAAACAAAAAUUAAAUAACAAUAAAACCUGAACCUCCCACACAUACAAGCACAUACGCAAGCUGACACAGUGUGAGAAUUUAAGAUAUAUUGUUAAAGAGACAUGGGCUGACACCUAGACAUUGCAUAAAGAAAGAGCUACCUUUAGGAAACACUGGGGGGAAAAAAAACUAAAAUAAGAAAGGUAAAAAGAGCAACUAACACCUGAUGGACUAAAACAAAAAAUAAAUAAAUAAAAAAUGGUAAUGAGAAAGACUUAAACCUGCUGGACUAAAACAAUAAAAUAAAAUAAAUAAAUAAAAAAUGAUGAAAGGAAAGACUUAAAGCUGAUGGAGCAAAACAAUAAAAUAAAUAAAACUGUUAAAAAGAAAGAUUAAAACCUGAUGGACUAAAACAAGGUGCGAGAGUUGGGCAUUGAAUAAUGCAAUGGAGAAGUCCCUCAAUGGUACCUACACACGCAUGCUACGCAGGGUCCUAAAUGUACACUGGAGCUCACACACAACCAACGAAGUGCUUUACGGCGAACUGCCCGCAGUCGCUGACAAGAUAGCAGCCAAGAGACUCCAGCUUGCAGGACACUGUCACCGCCACCCUGAGCUGAGCACCCAGAAAGUCUUGCUAUGGGAGCCAAAGCAUGGCCACAGAAAUAGAGGGCGGCCACGAACAUCGUAUGUGGAUACCCUAAAGAAGGAUACUGGAGCGAAGAGUGCCAGCGAGCUAGCUUCACUGAUGAAGGAUUGUGACGUUUGGCGCAACCAUGUUCACUCUCGCCGCGUUGCGACCUAAGUCAAGUAAGUAAGUCAAGACUAAAACAAAAAUAAAAUAAAUAAAUAAUGGUAAAAGGAAAGACUUAAACCUAAUGUACCAAAACAACCAAAAAAAUUAAAAUAAAAUAAAUAAGAUAUGGUGAAAAGAAAGACUAAAUGGAUGGACUAAAACAAGAAGAAAAGAAAAGACAUUAAAAAUGGUAAUAAAAAAACUACAUCCUGAUGGACUAAAACAAUAAAAUUGAAUAAAUAAAAAAUGGUAAAAAGAAAGACUAAAACCUGAUGGACUUAAACAAUUAGAAAUUAAAAUACUUGAAUAAAAAAAGGUAAUAUAAAAAGACUUAAACCUAAUGGACUAAAACAAUAAACUAAAAGAAAAGAAAACAAAUUUAAAAAAUGGUAAAGAUAAACACUAAAACCUGAUGGACUAAAACAAUAGCUGAAAAUAAAUUUUAAAAAAAAUGGUAAAAAGAAGGACUAAAACCUGCUGAACCAAAAGAUCAAAUAAAUUAAAAUAAAUAAAAUAUGGUAAAAAGAACGACUAAAAGCUGAUGGACGAAAACAAUACAAUAAAAUAAAUAAAUAGAUAUAUAUUGGUAAAAAGAAGGACAAAAACCUAAUGUACCAAAACAAUAAAAUAAAAUAAAGUAAAUGAAAUAUGGUGAAAAGAAAGACGAUGAGCUGAUGGACUAAAACAAUAAAAGAAAAGAAAAGAAAUCGAAAAACAGCGAUAAAAAAAGACUACAACCUGAUGGAUUAAAACAAUAGAAUAAAUAAAAAAUGGUAAGAAGAAAGACUUGAACAUGAUGGACUAAAAUAAUUUUAAAAAAAAUUAUAAAAUUGUUGAAAAGAAAGACUAAGACCUGAUGGACUAAAACCAUAAAAGAAAAAAAAAGAAAAAGGAAGACUUAAACCUGAUGGACUACAACAAUUAGUAAUGACAUCAAUCAAAAAAUGGUGAUAAGAAAGACAUAAACCUGAUGGACUAACACAAAAAUAAAUAGGAAAAAAAAAAUUUUAAAAAAUGGUAAAAAGAAAGACUAAAACCUGAUGGACCAAAACAAUAAAAUAAAUUAAAAUAAAUUUAAUAUGGUAAAAGAACGACUAAAACCUGAUGGACUUAAGCAAUACAAUAAAAGAAAAUAAAUAAAUAAAUAAAAUAUGGUGAAAAGAAAGACUAUGAGCUGAUGGACUAAAACAAUAAAAGACAAGAAAAGAAAAGAAAAAAAUGGUAAUAAGAAAGACUUAAACAUGAUAGACUAAAACAAUAAAAUAAAAUAAAUUAAAAAAUGGUAAAAAGAGACUAAAACCUGAUGGACUUAAACAGUUAAAAAUUAAAUAAAGAAAUUAAAAAUGCUAAUAUGAAAGACUUAAACAUGAUGGACUAAAACAAGAAAAGAAAAGAAAUUAAAAAACAGUAAAAAUAAAGACUAAAACCUGAUGGACUAUAACAAUAAAAGAAAAGAAAUGAAAAAACUGUAAAACUAAAGACUAAAAUUUAAUGGACUGAAUGAUUACAAUAAAAUAAAUAGAUAAAAAUUGGUGAAAAGAAAGACUAAAAGCUGAUGAACCAAAACAAUAAAAUUUAUAAAAUAUAGUAAAAAGAAAGACUAGAACCUGAUUGACUAAAACAAAAAAAUAUAUAUUAAAAUUAGUAAAUAAUGGUAAAAAGAAAGACUUAAAGCUGAUGAACCAAAACAAUAAAAUUUAUAAAAUAUAGUAAAAAGAAAGACUAGAAGAACCUGAUUGACUAAAACAAAAAAAUAUAUAUUAAAAUUAGUAAAUAAUGGUAAAAAGAAAGACUUAAAGCUGAUGGACCAAAACAAUAAUAAAAAAGAAAAGAAAUACAAAAUGGCAAAAAGGAAGACUAAAACUUGGACUAAAACAAUAAAAGAAAAUAAAUAAAAAUGAUAAAAAGAAAGACAUAAGCCUAUUGGACCAAAACAAUAAAAUGAAAGAAAUGACAUUAAACAAAAAAUGGUAAGAAGGAAGACUUAAACCUGAUGAACCAAAACAAUAAAAUUAAACUAAAUUAAAUUAAAUAAAUAAAAAACGGUAAAAGGAAAGACUAAAAACUGAUGGACCGAAAUAAUUCAAUACAAUACAAUAAAAUAAACCUGAUGGACCAAAACAAUAACAUUAAAUUAAAUAAAUAAAAAAAGGUAAAAAGAAAGACUUAAACCUGAUGGACCAAAACAAUAAAAUAAAAUUAAUUAAUAAGAAAUGGUAAUAAGAAAGACUAAAACAAGAAAAUAAAAUUAACAGAUCAGUUAGAGCUCUUUACCAUAUAAAAGGGGUAAAAGAAGUAAAAACCUCUAUGACGGGAAUUAAGAAAAGGACUAAGAACAGAGAUAAUUUAUAAAAUGACAUAAAAUAAAUAUUUAGAACUUUGAUUAAAAUGAACAUUUGCAAUAAGAGAAAUAUAAAAAGGUAAUUAGUGAAAAGCCUGGUUUAAAAGGUGAGUCCUGAGCCUCUUCCUAAAAACAUCAACAGUCUCUGCGGCCCUGAGGCUCUCUGGCAGGCUGUUCCACAACCAGGGACCAUAGAAACUGAGCGCCGCCUCCCUCCCUGUGCCAAGGCUACCUUGCUCAGUUGACCUUGCUUCGUAGAAUAGGCCCCAGGAGGACCUCAGGGCCCGCAAGGGUUGAUACGAUAAAAGUAAGUCAGAUAAAUAAGAGGGGCUGAGACCAUUAAUACAUCUAAAAACCAAUAAAGGAAGAACCUGAAAAUCAGUCCUGAAAUGGACGGGGAGCCAAUGCAGCGAUGCUAAAGCUGGCGUUAUAUGCUCUCGCCCUCUGGUCCUUGUCAGAACUCUUAAUUUUGUAAAAGCUGAAGUGUAUGUAAAUUCUUUUCUUAAAAACCGACCUUUGCUAUGUUUUUCAUGUGUGGAGUAAAACUGAGCUCGGAGUCGAAGAUCACGCCCACAGAUGUUGAUACUUGUCAUUUUGUUAAAAGUGUCUCUUUUAGGCCUUCAGGACCAAGAACUAAAACCUCUGUUUUAGUUCUCAUUGGCCCGCUCAUCAGGAGACAUUGACAUGUACAGUUGUGUAUCAUCAGCAUAACUAUGGAAGUUGAUGCCUCCUGAUGAUGUCCCCCAGUAAAGAUUAAAAAGAGACUUCAGUUUUUAUAGAGUGGUCCAUGUUGGAGAGGGUUAAAGGUCCAGUCAAUAAAACAAGACUCUGGUAAAAGUAAAUAAAACAUUAUCAUGAUGCGUUUAAGUGUCACAUCCAGAAAAAGACAACUGUGUUUUAAUGAAAAAUCUGCAUUAACACUAGAGUGUGAAGGAAGACAGUAAUGUGGAUUGAUACUGAUAUUAAAUCAUGACGUGACUUUGUCUCAGGAUGUCCUCAUUUCUCACUGGACCUGUGAAGGUCAGCUGAUGGCAGAUAUAGCCUCUGAUUGGUUGACAAACCCAAACAAAGAUGACCGCCUCUAUUUGGCAUAGCUCACUCACAGCAGAAACUGUUAGUUCUUGUUGCUGAGAGCCUGGAUAUGGACAGUCUCUGGUUCUCUCUGUGGGACAGAAACACUCUGAGUUUGUUCGUCAUAAAGCCGACAGUCUCACAGAGCGAGUGGAUUUUACAGUGAGCUGCUGCAUCAUGCUGUUUUGAUUUUUGAGCUGAUUUAUAAACACCUCAGAGGUGAAAUUACUGACCUGGGCUUAAAGUUGGUGUUUCUAAAGGAGAACCGUUCGUCUGAUCUUCAGGUUAACACAGUCGCUUUAACUCGUACGACACAAAUCUGAAAACUGUUUUAAGAGUUAGUUUAAGAGCACUUUUCUAUGCAGUGGUCUGCUGGGGGGGCAGGGAGCACCGAGAGGGACAGGAAGAGACUGAACGGACUGGUCAGGAGGGCAAGUUCUGUCCUGGACUUCUCCUUGGACUCCCUGGAGGAGGUGGGUGAGAGGAGGAUGUUAGCAAAGCUUGUAUCCAUCAUGGACAAUCCCUCUCACCCACUGCACCAGACUGUGGGGGCUUUAAGCAGCUCCUUCAGCAGCAGACUGAGACUUCCACCUUGCAAGACGGAGCGCUACCGCAGGUCAUUCCUCCCUUCUGCAAUAAGACUUUACAAUGAACUGUAAUGAAACUGGACUCACACCACCACCUUUUUUCUGGCAUUUAAAUUAUUUUAUUUUUUUUAAUGAUAACAUUUAUUUAAGUUCUUAAUAUAACGAUCUUUAUUUUUAUAACUGCAUUUUGCACUAUCUUUGUCUGUGAUGCUGCUGUGACAAAAAAAUUUCCCCCAUGGGGGAUCAAUAAAGGAAUAUUCUAUUCUAUUCUAAAACAUCAUAAACAAGUUCAUUUUUACAAACCUGUUUGCCGAAGCAACACAGACAAACACUCUUGUCUCUCGGUCCCAGAAGCCGUAAAUUGAACUGAAUCCUGAACCGUUCAGCUAUGUAUCAGUUCAGGAGGUCAGAGUCACAGGCUCCCCCCACUUAAUGAGUCGGUGAUUUGGUGAACAAAUCUUUUUUGUGAACUGAUUCUAGUGAUUCAGUAUAUCUAAAAGAACUGCUGUGCCCAUCACUAUUGUGUCUGUUUUCAACUAAAGGAGAGUCACAAUCUCUGUCUCUGUGAUUUAUAAACUUUUUCCCGCCCUUCUUUAAACCCUGCCCCCUCUCUUCUUCUCCCGUCCUAUCAGGGAGGACUCGUCGAGGAUCUUUGUGGCGGUGGGUUACGGCUUCUUCGUGGAGAUGACUCACGACGAGGCUCUGAGGUUCAUCGAGAAGAAGACGAGUCAGCUCACAGCGUCAGUGCUUCAUCUGAGCUUCACACACACUCAGGCCGUUCUUCUUCUUCUUCUUCUUCUUCUUCUUCUUCUUCUUCUGUGGUUAUUGAGCGGCUGCAGUAACAUCAGCCUCCAGCAGAGGGCAGCGUAUCAGAGCAGCAGCGCUGACUUUAGCCUGAGUGAAAAGUUUCUGCUGAUGAAAUUAAGAUGAAAAAGUUUGAACUCUUCAUUCUGGCUCCAUCCGCUCAUUGACACUUUGCUGCUGUGUGUGUUUCAGCUUCACGGAGCAGCUGACCAAAGACUCCGCCAAAAUAAAAGCCAACAUCCGGAUGGUUCUGGAGGUGAGUCUGAUGGAUCAGUUUGUCGUCUCAGUAAAACAAAGUUUGAGUUUCUUGAACAGCUUCCCACUAAUUUAUAAACUUAAUAAUCCUGUUAGAUAGUUGACUUGAAUUUGCAGCUUUAUUUUUUUAAAAUCACAUUUUAAUUCUUGUAAAACUACAUCUUUAUUUCCUAUUAUAUCAACAAAUUCACCCUCAUGAACUUACAAACCUGAUUCAGGUUAAUGUCAAACCUUAUUUUUGUAGUUAAACUUUGUAGUUUUAUUCUCAUGAAUUUGAAGCUUUUUCCUGUAAAAUAACAUCUCUGUGUCUUUUUACUGUCGUGGUUUCACGAACCUGUAUUAAAUGUAAGUGUGCAGCUUUAUCGACAUAGAAAUUUUUUGAGUUUCCAGCGUGUUUUAAAUGAAAUUGAUAAUUUUUAUCUAAAUUUUCACUUUUUAAAAUGAAUGUUUCUGAUUUUGUAAAUCUUCAGUUUUGUUCAUUUACACCUUUAUUCCCAUAAAACCUUAUUCUGUUAAAAUUAACCAUUUUAACUCUGUUAACUUUACACUGAUGACUCCAUUCUGUAAACUCUUCAUUAAAGGGAUAUUCCGGCGUAAAAUUAAUUUAGGGUCAAACCGUAGACUGUAUCUAGAAUGGAUGCCAUCUGCCUCCUCUCUGGGUGAAGCCAAACCCCGCCUCCUUAUGGAGCUGUGGAUAAACUUUAUACAUUAAUGACACAGAAUAUAAAUGUUUUUCCCCCCUGGUUGUGAUGUUGAAAUGUAGUUACUGUCAGACUGGUUUGUGCCAGGUCCUCUUUUUUUCUGUACAGCUCCAUUUUUAAAAGUUAUUAGGGGGUUCAUGUUUUCUUUGAUUGACACUUGAUACAGCCAAUGGGCGUACCAAGAUUGUGUAGCUCACCCGGAGGAUACGCUGUUUGAACUGAGCGUCAUCACAGAUGCGUACAAUGCUACUGCGCAAUGUUGGUUUCAAAAAGUGGAGAAAAAAUGCGGCAUUACAGAGAACUUUACGGCUUCAAAUCUGUAUACUGGAAGAACCAAGCUGUCCAGAGAAAAUACAAUUAGACACCCCCUCCAGAGAUAAAUGUUGCUGACCGCUUGCUUCUCUAGUUUUACCAACUUUAGUAACGACCGCAGGAUAGCAUUACACAGCGGUUUGAGGAGCCAUAAACAAACCACAACCAAAACACCACUCUAUAGCCACAACUAAUGCUCAAAACAGCACCUAACUUCAUCAACAGCACAUAUAGGGUUCCAGCCGGAGUGCUAGCCACCAAACAUCUUUUUAACUUUUAAAGUGUUUCGUCUCUUUAGCAAAGAGACUAAACACAACUCACCUACUCUCUUCCAGCAGCCGCUUGUUUGUGGCGAGACCUCAGGCCAGUCCAUUACGGACUACAGCGGGGUGACGCAGCUCAAGGAAGAACAUUUAUUAUCAUUUCUUCAUGGAAAUACAAUCAGACCGAGACGCUAAGGCAGAAGAACUACCGCGUCUGCAGUGAAAAAUGAUUCAUAUGGUGAUUAUUACUUCAAGGAAAUGAGAAAGAAAUGAUCAUAAAUGUUCUUCCUUGAGCUGCGUCACCCCGCUCAGGGCUCGACAGCGCGACUGUUUCACUUGCAUUUGUGACUAAAAAUCUAUGUGUGCGAACUGUAAUAUGUAUUUAGGGUCACAUGUGCGAAUAAAAAAAAUCAAUAAAUGUAUUUUUUGUAAAUACGGCGAUGAAGUUAGUUUUAGGUUGGAUAUUUGACGGACAUUCACUGAGGAUCUACCGGUGUCUUCUCACUCUCCAUAAUAACAACAGCAGCGCGGUUAAAUCUACUCGACACCCUCACUGUCAACGUCAGGUGUUGAAUAAGGAACCAUCAAUAAAUUACCAGUUGAUGUUCUCAGAAAAGGCUGUUUUCCUUCAAUAGCUUCCAUGUUAUUUGACCAAUUGAUCUAAAAUUGAUUUUAAAUAAUAGUACUAAGGUCAGAAAUAAGACACACCUCUUUAUCUCCCUAAUUUGUUCUCUAAAAAUCUUUGUGUUAAAUUUAAAGGAAAUUUUUGAACAUUUUCUUCAAUAGCUUCCAUGUCAUAUGACCAAAAGACAUAAAAUUAAUUUCAAAUAAUAGUACUUAUGUCGACCAAUAAGACAAACAUUAUUUGAUCAAUUUUCAUUGUUAAAUUGUUUCAUUGUUCUUUUCAAAGUUCUUUGUGUGCUCCUUAACUUUUUCAACUUAAGAGAACAUGUGAAAAAAGUUAGUGUCAAGCCCUGCCACAGUUGUCCGUAAUGGACUGGCCUGAGGUCUCGCUACAAACAAACGGCUGCUGGAAGAUAGUAGGUGAGUUGUGUUAAGUCUCUUUGUUAGAGAAAUUAGUCAAAGUUAAAAAGAUGUUUGGUGGCUAGUGCUAUGGCUGGGACCUUAUAUGUCCUGUUGAUGAAGUUAGGUGCUGUUCUGAGCAUUAUUUGUGGCUAUAGAGUGGCGUUUUGGUUGAGGUUUGUUUAUGGCUCCUCAGACCGCUGUGUAUUGCUAUCCUGCGGUCGUUACUAAAGUUGGUAUAACUAGAGAAGCAAGGGGCUUGCAACAUUCAUCUCUGGAGGGGGUGUCUAACUCUGUGUUACAUUGUGUUUGACCCUAAAUUAUAUUACGCCGGAAUAUCCCUUUAAAUCACAUCAGUUCCAGCUUUAUCUUCACUCUGUUAAGGAGAGUUAAUUUACAAUAUUACUAACUUUACUCAGAGUUGAUUUAACCGUGUCCCUGCUGCUCAGAUUGAUUCCGGUUUGUUUGUUUUCAUAAAAACACACCUGUGAAACCUUCUUCUCUUACCUGAUGGUUCAUGAAAACAGACGUGUGAAUAUUCAGGUAGAAAAAAAUUCAAUCUGAGCUCCAUGGUUGUUUCCUCGCUUGAUUCUGAUGUGUGAAGCUGACAGGAAGUCCCACCCACUGUGUAGAUUUUCAUAAUAAUGGUCCUAGAUACUAACCCCCUUCUUCUCUUCCUCCUCAGGGUCUGAGGGAGCUGCAGGGAUUCAGUGACCUGCCGGAGAGCAGAAGAGACGUUUUCUAGACCUUUCCCUGACGGUCAGAUCUCCUGCAAAUGCCUCAGAGGAUCAGCUCAGACCACCGUUUAAAAAUGGCUGCUGAUGAUUCAAGGGACAGACCGCUGAACCAGUCCAGAGUCGAAUCAGCGACGUCUUUGUUGCCCAUCAAACUUUUUUCUCCUGAUGAAGCUGCAGAGUCUGAUCAGUGAGAGACAGGAGUGUCCUCAGAAGGGCACUGUGGAGCUGAAAUGGAAGGAAAGAUGAUGCUGAUGGAGGUUACUUUAGGUCAAAACUGUCCUCAGGUGUUUCGUAGACUGAGUGUGUCUGACUUCAGGGAAGCUGCAGCAAGAAGAAAGUGUCUGAUUUUUACAUCAAACUGUUUCUGAAGGAGGAGCGUGAAGAAAACAUAUUCAGAUUGAUGGACUGAAAUUCCACAGACCUGUGAGCAGACCAGGAGGAGUCUGCUCUUCUGCAGCAAAGCUUUGGUUCAUCUGCACUGAAAUCCCCAGGGUGUGGGUCAUUUGAAGGUUGAAGAUUUAUUAAAAAUCACAAACACAUUAAAAAUGUGUUUAUGUGGAGUUAAAUGUGAAAAGAACAGCUCAUGAUGGAUUAAAAGAGCUCAUGUCUGAAAAACACCCUGAUGAAUGCUCUUCUAGUGAUUAAAACAUGAUCAAACACUCACAUUGGUCUCCUCUCUGCAAGAAUCCAUGAAAAUCUGUGACAGCAGCUGCUUGUGUGGAGGCUGAAACAUGUCAAAGUACCCUCUAGUGUAUAGAAAGUGCCCUCUAGAUCCUCUCCAGUGUAUAGAAAGUGCCCUCUAGAUCAGUUGUUCUCAACUGGUCUCACUCUGGGACCCACAUUUUCCCAUGGUUCUUAAGUUGCGACCCACUUUUAUAAAAUUCAAAACAAGCUAAUUAAUUAAAAAAAAAACCUUUAAAGACUCUAAUCUUUAACAUAAAUACACCUAUUUCACUGAGUAAGGUGCAUGUCAGAGCACGUGAACUGAGGACGAAAACUACUGAAGUUGCUUAUACAGAAAAUGAAAAAAUAUCAAAUAUCAAAUUGCACAAAAUAAAGACCAAAGAAAAAAAACAUAUAAUUUUCCUGCAUUCAGGCCACAUUAAUAAGAGACAAAGGAGGAUCAAACAUAACAUGCCUUUCAAAAUAAGCUUUUUUUCAAAAUAAAAGUCAAACAUCAGACGCGCAUUAAAUAUAUAUUUUUUUAACCAGCUGUUCGCGACCCAUCCAGAACUUUGGGUCGGGACCCAUCAGUUGAGAAUCACUGCUCUCUAGAUGCUCUACAGCGUAUAGAAUGUGCCAACUAGAUCCUCUCUGGCAAAUAGAAAGUGCCCUCUAGAUGCUCUCCAGCGUAUAGAAAGUGCCUUCUAGAUGCUCUCCAGUGUAUAGAAAGUGCCCUCUAGAUGCUCUCCAGCAUAUCCAAAGUGCCCUCUAGAAUCUAGUCUUUCUAUACGCUGGAUAGCAUCUAGAGUCCAGAUGCCUUCUAGUUGCUCUCCAGUGUAUAGACAGUGCCCUCUAGAAUCUAGACUUUUUAUAUGUUGAAGAGCAUCUAGACUCUAGAUAGUCUCCAGUGUAUAGAAAUUGCCUUCUAGAUGCUCUCCAACGUAUAGAAAGUGCCCUCUAGAUGCUCUCGUCUAGAUGCUCCCUUCCAUAUCUAAAGUUCCCUCUUGGUUCACUAACUGUCCAGCAGUUUAGAUGUAAAUCUUCCUCCUGAUUUCUCUGAAGUCAAAAACCUCUAAAACAUUUUCUUGGAGUUCAGUGAAAUGUGUGGUUUUUUUUUGUUGUUGUUUCAAUAAAUGUUUGUGCAAUUGAA